AUGAUGGGAGUAGAGUUAGACACCAUGAUAACACACUCCCAUCGAGUCAACCUGCCCGCAGAAUUUUAUCUACAGUCAAAUGCCUUGGGUGUACCUAACCUGUCGUGGACAAGCAUUCCUCAAUAUCCUCUUUCUGGUCCUUAUGUGGCGAUUCAAAACCGUCUGGAGAUUGUGAAAGUUCCCGAUAUGGAAAUUUGGAGCUGUGCCAUGUCUCCAACAGCAGCUGGCUUUGAUGUUGUAAGUCAUGUGUGAUAGCAAGCAUAUUUCAAUGCAGAGUUCUUUGCUUAUUUCACUUUGUUCUUGUUGUUGUUGUUUGGGGAGGUUCAACUAGCUUAAGGUUCGUGAAAUCAGGAUUUUUCUGUAGUUCGAAACAGCGGGCGGUGGCACGGGGACUGUAACAAUCCCCUGCACCCCGGCCUCCAACUCCGAACAUGUACCACGAUGCAGUUAUGAAUUUGCUCGUCCGACCGAGAGUAAAAUGGGCCUAAACGAUUGAUGGUCUCGUUGUUAUUAUCUUCUUGCUAGAAUAAUGGAACUUAUGUCCUGAAACUCCACAUUUCACCAAGUGCAUUUAUCUUCACUAAAGCUGAUGAUUACAAUUCUCCUCAUCUACGCGGUUCUACAGGAGUUGUUACCCUUCUACUUCCUUCUACAAGACCUCAGAUUUUUACGCACACCGUGCAGCUUUAUUCGGUUGAAGGAGCUCAACACUCCCUUGUGUCUUGCCUGGAGCGAAAGAUCCACGUUCCUGGACCUUGGCUGGAAGAGUACCAGGAAGGCCCUGCAAUUGAACAUCCCAUUAGGAAGAUCAGACCUCAAGGUUAAUGCUAGUGUGAAAAUGUGUGUUUUCAAACAGUGGGGUUUUGAGGUUGUAAACUAGGAUAGAUGAGUGAAGUUGAUGCAAGAGUACCAAAUACCUGAUUUGAGAAACCAACCUGUCGAGAUUGGCAUGCUUUAGAAAUUAGUGGGGUAGAGUUGAGUUUGAUUAUAUGUACAGCGCGUCGAUUGCACGAUUCUACAACCACGCACAAAAAAAAAAUCAGAAAGCGGGAUGUGCGACAUUACAAUUGCUACCAGCUAGCGUAUAACGGACGUUCAACGGGAAAAGGAAAGAAAUUAGGGAAAGCGAUUAUUAAUUCCUCUUUUAAUUAACUGAACAUUUCAAAGACCUUGAUUCUUUUAGUCUUUGUUAGGUAGAUGUAACUUCUGCAGCAACGACCCAUAUAAGGGAAUCCUGAUUCCAGAAUCCGGGAAAUGCUUGCUUAUGGAAUCCGGAAUCUGGGAAUUUUACCUUGUCAAAUCCGGUAUCCAGGGCUUUGGAAUCCAGAAUCCAAGACAGUCUUGGAUUCCAUUACAUGGGGCUAGCUAUUUUUAGUUGCAUGAUAUUUUAAGUGGUUCAUGUUGCCAGGUGUGUGGGCCAGUAACAAGGGAAUGGAUGUUGUCAAGUGGUUUCAGCGCCAAGCAGAUGAUGGUAAGUAACAGUCAUAUUUUUCUGUUCGAGCAAAAAGGCACCUCAACCUCGUUUCUACAUUGUAGAUUCCUAUCCUACUCUUGCCUAUAGAAGGGUCACUGGUAACGAGGUUGAAAACGCCUGCUUUGAAGGCUUACGAAAAAAUUUUAUUUCUCCAAGGAAAGCGAGAAAUCUUCAUGGAGAAUUUAAAAGAGCUUGACAAGUUCGCUGACAAACAUCCGAAGUUCACAGAUUUGAUCCCACUGCUAUUAUAUGAGGUGUGUAUUUUUAUAAUUAUCGUGUUACUUUGAGCAGCCAUGAUAUCUAACCUACUUUCAUGUAGUCUAUUUUGUUUGAAGAUCCCGCAUUGUUCGGCUGACACAUUGUAAAGCCCAAGUAAAGUAAAAGUUGGCCUCAAUUUUAAAUGCUAUCACAGCUACCCAAAAGUGGCAUAUCCUACAAUAAUUUUAUUACCUUGAAGAGCUAACCACGUAAUAGUGGAAUCGUUCCAAAAAUAUUGUCACACAUCUAAAACAGUUGCAGUCUCACCCCCUCUCCCCUAUUCCCUUGAACCACACCAAACCCCAGUUCUUCAAAAGGUGGAUAGCAGUAUCCGAUGGAUAAAUGUAUAUCCAGUGGAUAACGCGGGCAAUUGAUUUCCCAAAUACUUAUCCGCUGGAUAGUGAUUUAUCCGAGGGAUGGUGUGCUUCUAAAUAUCAUCCGGUACUAGACCGCCAGUGACCUCUCCUGUCAGUGUAGCAACUUUGACGGGGUUAUAUCACCGUAACUCCACUUUCUUUCCUUCUUUUUAGCUGGCCCUACUGGACUUACACGAGAACCGCAUCGAAGAGGCAAAGACGCACGCAAAGAACGCACUGCUCAUAUCGCGGACAUAUCACUCGACCAAUCACUGUUAUCUGCUAGCUAAACUGAAAUACGUAGAGUCAGCGCUUGCCCGUAGGGAAGGGCAAUAUGAAAAGGCUGAGGAAUUACUCCACGAUUCCGUAGAGGUGAGAAUCGAAAGAAAAUAAUUUGAUGCGUAGCUAGGUGCAAAUCUUUCGAAGAUCCUCUUGAAUACUGGAAUACUGGGCUAAACCCCAAAAUUAAAUAGUAUUCUGGUAUAACGUGUUUUGCUAAACUUACAGUCUCCUGCACUACUAAUAUCCGUCAUGCGAUGAGUUAUUAAUUAAUUUCUUUCCUUUACUUUUUAGCUGCUACUACCAUGUGCUGCAGGUGAAGAAACAGCAGAAAACAGAUAUUUCUUGGCCUCGUUUUAUGUAGAGAAAUCCGCUAGAGUUGGAAUCUCUGAAAAUGAGGAGACCAUUGCAGAGAACUGCUUCCAGGAUAUCGAACGCCAUUUAGACGCUGAAAGCCGCCCCAUAACUAAUCGUUUUCAAAUAAGAGCUAAAAACAGACGGCUCGCUUUCUAUGUCAAGUCUUCGAGACAUGUGAAAAAUCUUGAUUUCCAGCAAUCGGUGCCUGAGGAACAAGUGGCCAAAGCAUCUCAUUUGAUUACGGAAAUUGAAGAGGGACUUUUGUCAUUUUAUCUAAAGAAAGCACUUCUAAGCUUCGACAUCGUCAAGACUGAUUUCUUCAUAAGGACAAAGAACUUUGAUCAAGGUACUUAAUUUACAGAUUCAAAGUCGACAGUCAUUUUCGCAAGAAAAAACUCUGAUUAUAUGAAACCAUUGGUUAAUUUCUGAGCGAUCUCAUUGAUAACAUAAAAAUAACACAACUUUCCUUAGCACUUUUACUGGUCGACACCAGCCUCAGUAGUUUAUAUAACAGUCCUGCCGGUCGAAUAAAACAACCCCUAAAUAACUAAAAAAACAAACAAACAAACAAAUAAACAAAGCUAUUAAAACUGCACCAAAAUUGAAAUAAGUGCAAAGAAUGUCGCUUAAAAUUACAUUAACCCCUUAUUUGAGGUAUAAUUAUAUUACACUGAAUCAAACUUUUCCCUCUCCAUCAGGAAUUGAACCAUCAAGGGAGGCCCUCAGAAUUGCCCGAGAAAAACAAUGGAAAGAAUAUGAAGACGUUGCUAAACAAAGAUUGGAGCUGUGUGCAUGUCGCUGGCUAGAAGGACAGCACGGGGAAAUUCCUUGUACCUUGUAA